AGCGGGGCGGGGCGAGAAGCAAUGGCAAGUCCGAGGGUCGCGAGCUUCUGAUCGCCUACGUGGAGCCGGUGGAGCAGCCGCUGCGUCGCUUUCCCCUAGCCAGGAUCUUGUGCUGAAAGACAUUACCAAAGUGCCUUGGGACAGCCUACCAUUCUGACCCAUAUAGCCUGGAAAAGAACCACUGUUGCUUGUGGAGGGGUGGCCUGAACCAGUAGCUCCUUUGAUUCUGGGAUCUGCACUGAACUUGAUCUCCAUGGCACACCGGCUGCAGAUUCGUCUACUGACGUGGGAUGUGAAGGAUACCCUGAUCAAGCUCCGACGCCCUGUUGGGGAAGAAUAUGCCAGCAAGGCCCGGGCCCAUGGACUGGAGGUGGAGGCCACAGCUGUGGAACAAGCCUUCAGGCAGGCAUAUAAGGCUCAGAGCCACAGUUUUCCCAACUAUGGUCUGAGCCGUGGCCUUACUUCCCGUCAGUGGUGGAUGGAUGUGGUCCUACACACCUUCCGCCUAGCAGGGGUCCCAGAUGCCCAGGCCAUGACUCCAGUUGCUGACCAGCUAUAUGAAGACUUCAGCAGCCCUUUCACCUGGCAGGUGUUGGAGGGGGCUGAGACGACCCUGAACGGUUGCCGUAAGCGGGGUCUGAGGCUAGCAGUGGUCUCCAACUUUGACCGACGACUAGAGAAUAUCCUAACAGGCCUUGGCCUGCGAGAACAUUUUGAUUUUGUUUUGACUUCUGAGGCUGUGGGCUGUCCUAAACCGGAUCCACGGAUUUUCCGUGAGGCUUUGCAACUCGCCUGUGUAGAACCUGCAUCGGCAGCUCAUGUUGGGGAUAGUUACCGCUGUGAUUACCAGGGAUCUCGGGCUGUAGGCAUGCACGGCUUCCUGGUGGUAGGCCCAGAGCCUCUGGACUCCUCAGUCAGAGAUUCUGUACCUAAAGAGCACAUUCUACCCUCCCUACCCCAUCUCCUGCCUGCCCUUGACCUCCUGGAGGCCCCGAGCCCUAUGUCAUGAAUCUGGUGAGGAAAGUAGCUGGGACCAAAUAAACACCAGAGGCAGGGAGUCCCUUCUCUCACCUCUCCUACAGAGGGAGGUGUCUUGGCCCUCCUGCUGCAGCCUCUAUAAUAACCUAUUCUGAUCACAGAACAUCGAGGGCUUGGCAGUAGCCUGGUCUCUGAGCUCACGAAUUAUUCACACCUAUGCCCCUUUUUAAUGUACUAUUAUGUGGUGGGUAUGUAUGUGUGAAUGUGUGGAAUGUAUAUCAUGGUAUGUGUGUGUGGCAGUUGGAAGAUGAUUUUGUGAA